UUUCACUCUUUCUUCUUCCUGAAUUGGAAUGAGAUGCAACGUGUCUCCAAUCUUGGCGAGGCCGUUACUCCAACGAGCAGAUCAUAUUUCAGGCUGGAGACCAUGAAUCUUUUAGAUCAUUAUUUAUCUUGCGACGCGCAACUAGAUCCCAAGAGCAGGAUGGGCAGAAAUGUUCUCCAGCACAUGAGGCUGGUCAACACGCGAGCGAUCAUCUACUGGAUGAUCAUCAUCGGAAACGGAGUUGUGUUCUGCGCGAGACCCAUCUUACACCCUACCGAGAGGAGGAUUGUUGACGACAAGUUUCCUUUUUAUGGCCUAGAACCAACAACGGAAUCUCCCAACUAUGAGCUAAGUAUAUUAGCCAUGGUGCUAGCUGUGAUCUUCACCGUAUUCCCUCCAGCCCAGGUCAACGUCCUCCUGCUGACCAUUGUGGGCUACACAGAGUCGCAACUGAUAGCUAUGAGCUCCGAACUCAGAACUCUCUGGAAAGACGCUGAACAGUAUUGCGAAGAUGUCAAGAGCAAUCCAGGACCAGCGAACGAUGUCGAUGAUAAAGUCAUCAAGAAUUAUUAUAUAAAAAACAAACUUAGAGUAAUGAACCAUUUUCACGUGCUCAACAUAGAUUUGAUCAGAGAAACUCAGAGCAUAUUUCAGAAUGCGUUUGCUGGAGAACUGCUCGUGCUGAUUGUCGCUCUCAUCACGGAGUUGCUGGGUGGUUUAGAAAAUACAUACAUCCAGAUACCUUUUGCGUACAUCCAAGUGGGAAUAGAAUGUCUAGCGGGACAGAAAUUGAUAGAUGCAGGCACUAUUUUCGAAAAUGCGCUGUAUGAUAGCCAGUGGGAGAAUUUUGAUGUCACCAAUAGAAGGACUAUUGUGUGUAUGUUGAUGAAUGCUCAGAAAACGCUGAACUUGACUGCCGGUGGUAUCUCGCUCAUGAACUUCGAGCUGCUGAUGAGGAUCAACAGAGGAAUAUAUUCCGCGUACGCAGCGUUGCGAACAAAAGAAUAUUGAAUAAGCCUUUUGACUUACUUAAUUGAUGUAUAAUGAUAAAAUAUUAAAUAGGUACACGUAAAAGUGUGUCUAUUUGUUUCAUAACACUGUUGAUAGGUGUACCUUCUUAGAUAUUAUUGAAGUAAAUAAUAAAAUUGGUACCAUAUC